AUGGACCAUCGUUCUGAAUUCAAAGAUAAACCUGAGAGUGAGGGCUCAGAGACAUGUUUUGAAACAGCACAGGAUUCUGUAUCUGAAAGUGCAUCUCAAGUUUUGGAGCGAAUUCAAAAUGAGGAAGCUGCAGCUCGCAUUGCAGAGAAGGAAGAUAAGAUUCGCCGGGCAUGCGAGAUGCGCGAUUUGGAUGCGCUGGUCUCAUAUGCCACUUCAGAAGGUGGUUUUCUUCGCGAUGACAUUAGACGACUAGCUUGGCCUAUCCUUCUCCAAAGCGACCGAGAUCAUGAGCUCGGGGACUGGGAAGACCUACCGCCACAUGUCGAUGAAGACCAAGUCCAGCUCGACGUGAACAGGUCGUUUGUCUAUUAUCCUAAUUGCAGUGACGAAGAGCUAGCUUCAAAGAAAGAUGAACUGUCAUAUCUAAUCAAAAAAGUGUUACGGCAUUACCCAAUGCUCUGCUAUUUUCAAGGCUAUCAUGAUAUCGUGCAAGUUUUACUCCUGGUACUUGGGGGGCGGACAGCGGCCUCAGCGGUUACGCGGCUGUCCCUCUUCCGGAUAAGAGACUAUAUGCUGCCCUCUCUUUCCCCGACGGUGAAACACCUCCAGCUCAUCCCAGCAAUCAUGGAAAGAGCUGAUCCUAUCCUGCGGCGCCAUAUUGCGGAUAUCAAGCCAUUCUUUGCGCUUGCAGCGACUCUUACAUUGUAUGCUCAUGAUAUUCAAGAGUAUAGUGACAUCGCCCGAUUAUUUGACUUCCUGCUGGCUCGGGAACCAGUUGUUUCUAUUUAUCUUUUUGUUGCUAUUAUUCUUUCCCGGAAGAAGGAGCUGUUGGAAAUCCCUGAAGAUGAGCCUGAGAUGCUACACUUCACCCUCUCGAAGCUACCCUGUCCUCUAAAUCUUGAAGGUCUGAUAUCGAGCGCUGUGCAACUCUUCAAUGACUACCCUCCAGAAUCACUCCCGCUCGGGGCUUGGAAGAAAAUUCCGCAGAUCAGUGUACUGAAGAGUACUCGAGAUAUCUUCGAGAAACAAACAACUGAAGAAGCUAUAGAUCUUUUUGAUAGACAAGUGCGACAACUGCGCUACGAAGAGCGGAAAAAGAAGGCGGUUGGUUUCUUGUGGCAGCACAGGAGAACAAUUGGAACUGUGGCCGUCACGAUUUUGGUUGGUGCUUUACAUAUCGAACAGCCCAACAUGGCGAACCGGGGCUAUGAUGUGAUUGUAGAUGCGGAUACCGAGGGCGACCUUGGCCAUACCGACCUUCAGGAGGACCUAGAAUUCCAUCCCUCCAAUUUCGAAAAUGAUCAGCGCAAUGCCAAAGUGCAGCAGGACUCGACACCUUUUCUCGGCGGAGGUUCCUCCCGCGGUCGUGACAGGUCACCUGGGGGCACUCCUUCAAAGCAUACCUGGUGGUCGAUCCAUUAUUACGCGCAAUUCUUUGAUGUCGAUACGAACGAGGUCCUAAGACGAUGCGUCGCGGCAGUGUACCCGCGCAGUAACUUCCUCGAUGUCCUGGAAGGCAACGCCGACCUGUACGGCCCAUUUUGGAUCGCCACCACCGUGGUCGUGAUCCUCUUUUUAACCGGCACUAUCUCGCAAUGGCUCUCAAACAACGAUGAGGAGCACUUCGCAUACGACUUUACGCUUCUCUCUGGGGCUGCAGGCUUGGUCUACGGAUAUACGUUCGUUCUACCAAUUGCCCUGUGGGGUGCACUGCGCUGGUUCGGCAGCUCCACUGCGGACUUGAUUGAGUGCUGGGCGUUGUAUGGAUAUUCGAAUUUGAUCUGGAUUGCCGUUGCGCUGGUAAGCUGGAGCCCCCUGACUGCGCUCAAUUGGGCGCUUGUUGGAGUUGGCUUUGGCUGGACCGUCUUCUUCCUGCUGCGUAACUUGUAUCCUGUGCUGAGUGCUACGGAUGCUAAAGCCAGCAAGAUUCUACUGAUUCUGGUCGUUGUGCUGCAUGCAGGUUUCGCCAUUGCGAUCAAGAUCCUAUUCUUUGCGCAUGGAAGCCCGGUUUCCAAGAAGAACAAGGACGACAAGGAGAAGGAUCAUGAUGACGAGAAGCAUGACGAUGACGACAAGCGACGCAUGUUGGGCAUGUAGGGGACCUGAGGCUCCUCCCAAUUCCAAUGUAUCUUGGAUCCGCUAGAUGACUUGAUGGAUCUGCUCGGGCAGCAG